AUGAAGCUCCUCGCCGCGGUCGCCGGCUUGAUAGUCGCCGCAGAGGGUGCAGCCCUUGGUCCUCUAGGAUCUCAAUUCCAAAAUGCCCUUCAAUCAGUGUUGAGUCUAGGCAAAUCAGAUUCCUCGAAGCCGCCAAAUAUUCUGUUUGUGAUUACCGACGACCAGGACCUCGAGCUGGACUCGAUCUCCUACACACCGUUAAUUGAGAAGCACUUGCGCCAUAAGGGCACUUUCUUCCGCAAUCACUUUGUCACGACGGCUCUAUGCUGUCCAUCUCGCGUUAGCUUGUGGACCGGUCGCCAGGCGCAUAACACCAAUGUGACCGACGUACACCCGCCAUACGGUGGCUACCCCAAAUUCGUGGAUAAGGGAUUUAACGAUAAUUUCUUGCCCGUCUGGCUUCAGGAAGCCGGCUACGACACCUACUAUACCGGCAAGCUCUUCAAUGCUCACACCGUUGACAACUACCACAGCCCCCAUGUCAACGGCUUUAAUGGUUCCGAUUUCCUCAUGGAUCCAUAUACAUAUUCCUAUAUGAACUCGACCUAUCAGCGGCAUAGAGAGGCUCCCGUGAGUUACGAAGGAAGGCAUACGACGGACGUUAUUACCGAGAAGGCCUUGGGCUUUCUGGAUGAUGCAUUGGAGGGCGAGCGGCCCUUCUUUGUGGUGGCAGCGCCCGUCGCACCACACUCUAAUGUCGACCCGCGGGAUAUUGCAAAUGGAGAAAUUGUCAUGACCGCUCCUAUCCCGCUAGAGCGCCAUGCACACCUAUUCCAGGAUGUGAAGGUGCCCAGAACCCCUCAUUUUAAUCCUGACAAGCCCAGUGGAGCCAGUUGGGUUCGCAAUCUCCCCCAGCAGAACCAGACUGAAAUCGACUAUAACGACCAUUUCUACCGUUCUCGCCUGCGUGCUUUGCAAGGCGUGGAUGAAUUGGUGGACUCGCUAGUUUCUCGUUUGGAGGAGAGUGGCCAGCUGGAUAACACCUACAUUAUCUAUACUUCAGACAACGGGUUCCAUAUCGGUCAACACCGAUUGCCACCAGGCAAGACCUGCGGCUAUGAGGAAGAUAUUCGUGUUCCCCUCUUCAUCCGAGGACCUGGAAUCCCAGAGGGCUAUGUGCAGGACUCGGUGACUACGCAUAUUGACCUAGCACCUACCAUCUUCAACCUGGCGGGAAUUCCUCCCCGGGCGGAUUUCGAUGGCACGGCAAUCCCCGUGACACCCGACUUUGGUGGAACUCGGCAUGAGCAUGUCACUGUGGAGUUCUGGGGAAGGGCUGUCAUGGAAGGAAUUCAUAGCCAAAUUGGCCCUGGUGGAUCGACUAUGAUUCCAAACAACACAUACAAGUCCGUCCGCCUUCUGGGAGAAGGUUACAACCUGUACUACUCGGUCUGGUGCAAUAACGAGCACGAGCUGUAUGAUCUUUCGACUGAUCCCUACCAAUUGAACAACCUUUAUACCACCACCAUUCAGGAAGACGGGCCUAAAAUACUUGGCCGUAGCUUGACAGAUGCUAUUAACCGUCUGGAUGCUCUACUCCUCGUGUUGAAGUCCUGCCAGGGGGCGACUUGUAUCGAUCCAUGGAGUGUUCUUCACCCCGAGGACUCCAUUCAGAGCCUCCGGGAUGCCCUGAAUAAGGAGCAUGAUUUGUUCUAUGCAGCACAGCCGCGGGUCUCGUUUGAUUGGUGUGACGCCGGGUACAUCGUUGAAGCCGAAGGACCUCAGGUGCCACUGACCAGUCGCUAUGGAGUUUCCUGGGAUGUUUGGGUGUAA